AUGUGCAACGGCUGCGUGCAAAAAGAAUACCCCGAUCGGGGAAGCACUUGUCUGGAGAAUGGCUCUUAUUUGAUGAAUUACAUGGGCUGUGCCAAAUGCCAAUACAGAGACUUCGUGUUAAUCUGUAAUAAAGACACAGAGGAUGAUGAUGGCGAAGAGAUUGUCACUUAUGACCAUGUUUGUAAAAACUGUGACCAUGUCAUCGCCAGGCACGAAUAUACGUUCUCUGUUGUUGAUGAAUAUCAGGAAUACACGAUGCUUUGCAUGCUGUGUGGAAAGGCAGAAGACUCCAUCAGUGUGUUGCCAGAUGACCCCCGACAGAAUGCACCACUCUUCUAG